AUUUACCAGAGAUGCUGGUUAGUAUUCAAAAAAGCUUCAAGCAAAGGGCCAAAGAGGCUGGAGAAAUUCUCAGAUGAACGAGCUGCUUACUUCAGAUGCUAUCACAAGGUCACAGAGCUCAAUAAUGUGAAGAACAUAUUGCGAAUGCCAAAAAGCACAAAGAAACAUGCUGUUGGGAUUUAUUUUAAUGAUGACACAUCAAAAACCUUUACUUGUGAGUCAGAACUUGAGGCAGAUGAAUGGUGCAAGGUGCUGCAGAUGGAGUGUCUUGGAACACGAAUUAAUGACAUUAGCCUUGGAGAGCCCGACUUGUUGGCAUCUGGAGUAGAGAGGGAGCAGAGUGAGAGAUUCAAUGUGUAUUUGAUGCCAUCCCCUAAUUUAGAUGUGCAUGGGGAAUGUACCUUGCAGAUAACAUUUGAGAACAUCUGUCUUUGGGACAUCCAGAAUCCCAGAGUAAAACUAAUUUCUUGGCCGUUAAGUGCCCUCCGGCGCUAUGGGCGGGACCCCUCGUGGUUCACGUUUGAAGCAGGGAGGAUGUGUGACACAGGAGAAGGACUAUUCAUCUUUCAGACCAGAGAUGGGGAAGCAAUCUAUCAGAAGGUCCACUCGGCUGCUUUGGCCAUAGCAGAACAACACGAGCGCUUGUUGCAGAGUGUGAAAAACUCAAUGGUACAGCUGCUUGCUAUGUUUGUUAUUGCACACUGGGCACUGGAAUGUGUUUCUGGAAUGUGA